AUGGCUUCCGAUCGCAUCGCUUACAAUGUCCUCCAGACGACCAUGGCUCGCCAACGCGUGAUGGUCUACGACCUCUACGGCCUGUUGGGCGUGUCUCCAAACGUCGACGAGGACGGCCUCCGUGCCGCUUACGACUCAAUCACCCAGACCCUGCAGCAGGUUCCAAGCGACGUGAUCAACGCGGCCUACUCGGUCCUUGCCAACCCGUUCAAGCGAGCACAGUACGACCGCGACCGUCUGGAGUACCUGUACAGGCAAUUCAGCAACCACGAGUCAUUCCCUCCAACGACCAGCAUCCCUCCUGCAAACAUCAAGGGCCGAGAUGACCAGAUCCAGGUCUACACCGCGACCCUCGUCGAGCGCGUCAAGGACCCCAUCGAGGACAAGAAGAAGGCCAUCAGCCGCCGCAUCGAGACCAUCCGCAACGAGCUGGACGAGUUCAACGAGACCUCAGGCAGGCAGCGCCAGGACUGGGCCACCAGCAACAACCGCGUGCUCCGCAUGGCCGGCAACGCGCUCUGCGAGGUCGUCGUGUGCGCCGAGGAGGACCUGCGCAUGCUCGAGGACGAGCUCGGCAGGAUCGACGGCAAGCUCUCGCCCAGGGACCCCGACGGCCCUGCCGGUCGCGUCACGAGCAGCGGAUGUUACGGAAGCGAGAUCAUGGCCAUGCCCACCGGCACCGCGACGGGCACCAUGAUGCCUCCCGACAGCCAGCCGCGCGUGCUUAUGAAUAGAAACGUCCCCAGCCUCCCUCGCAGCCCUACCGUCCGCUUCCUGCCCCAGUCAGCCAGCAAGCUGGGCAUCGAUGGAACCACCAGGGACACCCCCUCAAGCGAGGCCAGCCAGGAGGCAAAGGAGGCCGACGGCAAUGAUCGUGUCAACGACUUCCUCCUCGGCCCGACCAACGGUCGCCUGCAGCCCUACCGCUGGCCCGAGGCCAACAACAACGCCAUGGCAACAACCCAAGCCGCGACCCAGAUCCCGCACGCCCGCGCCGCCUCCCUGCUGGAGAAGCUGAGACAGUCCACAGAUCAGGAGCGAGUUGGUGCCAACAACAACAACAACAACCCUCCGGCAGGCGGCGCAAUGGGCCUCGUGGCCUGGCAGCGCCUCAACGGGCCCGGCAACCCGCAAGACAGCCCCGAGACCACCCGGCGCACCCAGAGCCACCCCGACGACCUCACCGCCUACAACAGGCCCUACGAGCCGGCGCACACCCAGUCGGCCGACCAGCUGGAGCCGGCCCGCCGCCCGUCCCAGCAGCUCGACGUGCCCACCCCGCCCCAGGCGGCCUGGCGCAACUCGUGGGGCCCGGCCUUCUCCCGCGGCUUCGACGGCGCCGGUGCCGGUGCCGCACCCGGUGGAAGCUGUGGCUUCGACGUCGCGCGGCCUGCUGCGCGGGGCUUCAGUGCCACAGCGUCCAACACGGUGCUCUUCAAGGAGGUGCAGGACCGCGCUGCUGCGCUGGCCCGGGCGCCUGGCCGCUGGGUCGUUGGCGGUCCGGGCCUGACCAACUACGAUGGCGGUCAAGCUGCCUCCCCCGAGGAGAAGGACAAGGGACCCGAUGAUCCUUUUGCCUGA